AGUUUCAAAGAAUCUGCAGAAAGGAGGUGAAACUACUGGGAUUGUCAGUGAUGGGAGAUGUCACCAUCGCAAAAUCAGAAUAUGAGCCAAGUGAGAAAUUGAUUUCCAAGGUCCAGGAUUUUCAAGAAGAUGAGGAACUCUUCAGAUAUUGCACCCUCCCUGAGAUUCUGAAAUAUGUAGAGUGCUUCACUGGACCCAAUAUUAUGGCCAUGCGUACAAUGCUGAUAAAUAAACCUCCAGAUUCUGGCAAGAAGACAUCCCGUCCUCCUUUGCACCAGGAUCUGCACUAUUUCCCCUUCAGGCCCAGCAAUAGCAUCGUUUGUGCCUGGACAGCCAUGGAGCACAUUGACCGGAACAAUGGCUGUCUGGCUGUGCUGCCAGGGACACACAAAGGCCCCUUGCAACCCCAUGAUUAUCCCCAGUGGGAGAGAGGAAUCAGCAUCAUGUUUCAUGGGAUCCAGGACUAUGACAAAAACAACGCCCGGGUGCACUUGGUGAUGGAGAAGGGAGACACCGUCUUCUUUCACCCUUUGCUCAUCCAUGGAUCUGGUUGGAACAAAAGUCAAGGAUUCCGGAAGACAAUUUCAUGCCAUUUUGCUGAUGCCAACUGUCACUACAUUGAUCUGAAGGGCACCAAUCAGGAAAAUGUUGGAAAGGAAAUGGAAGAGGUAUUCUGUAAAAUCUAUGGACUGAAAAAUGCCAGCUGAAGGUAUGUCUGUAUGAAAUGACAAGGUAAAGAUCUCGUUUUUUUCUUUUCUUCAGAUGUUUAAUACUUCUCCUACCUGAUUCAGUUUGAAAAUAUAAAGUGCUUGGGUUUACAGCUUGUUUCAGAAACAUCGCUGAGACGUCCUGGAAUGACAGUGGGGCUUGUUUCUACUACUUGUUUCCCUAGUGUGGGGGACCUGGAUUCUGUAAGUCUAAGGGCUAUCCUGUUGUAUGCAGGCCAUCAUGUUUCAAAACAGAUAGGUAUGAGAGGAAAUAGCACAAUCACAGGUCAGGAAAUGGAGGACAAAGUGACCUUCCGAAUGCACAGAUGUUAAAGGUUUGGGCUGUCGAUCAUUAAGCCUCCUUUAUUUGUGAAGAAGAGAGUAUGUAUGUAUGUGGAAUUCCAGUAAGACUCUCAGAAAGCAAUUCUCAAGCAAGUGUUUGUUUGGCUCAGUUUGCAUUGGGAGUUUAAGGAAAGCCUGCAUGUAGCAGAGAUGGGAGAUCACUGAUGGUUCUCAUAGCAGUGUAAGAGAGUAUUUCAUAUGCCUGCCUAAUUAAUACACCUCACUAUAGAUUAUUUAUUUUUAACUAGUGAACAUUCCAUGCUGUUGCUGAUCAAUAACAAGUUAGCAGUCAAGGCAAAUAAACAAACUUAUUUGCAUUGUAGAUGAUUAUAUUUUAGGCCCUGAACCAAGAAGCUGAUCCUAUUUGGUAAACGUGCCUGCAGUUCAGUUCAGUUCAGUUCAGUCGCUCAGUCGUGUCCGACUCUUUGUGACCCCAUGAACUGCAGCACGCCAGGCCUCCCUGUCCAUCACCAAUUCCUGGAGUUCACUCAA